AUGUCCGGCAUUCAGUACCCUACUUCAGGUUGGACAAUUGAGUUCGAGGUCCAGCCUUGGCGUCAACGGCUCCUGCAUUUCCACGCUCCUGUCGUCUAUCUGCCCCUUUUCUUGUGUACAUCUCACCCUUUGUCAGAGUCUGAGUCCCCCUCUCCCUCCCCUGGCCCACGACAGAGCGAGGCCAUCGCCAAACCAAACGGACACUUUUCAAGGUCCCAAUCACCACCCCAACCAUGCAAGGUACCUAGCCGUCUAACCCCUUCCCUGGGGUCACGGGUCGACCAUGACCAUGCUCCCGCAUCUCAAGCGUGCACAAGAGGUGGACCGGGAGGGGAACUAAUACAUCAGAACCAUCCCCUCGGCGGACUAUUCCACAGACAGGACCAGUCUUCAAAGAGACCCUACGUAUCAUCCCAGCAAUGCGGCAUUCCCGCCGAAGGUGCCUGUCUGCACGUACAGCUGCCAAACCGGUUACUGUCAGGGCCAUUUUGA